UAAAAGAACACAUGGGAAAAGGACAGUGGUUAGCUUAACUCAUCCCGUGUUAGGCUAUCGCUAGGUGUCGCUGGGUGACGAUUAUUUGUUGCAGAGCAGGAGCAGGUAGGAAGUUCCAACUUUUAAUUUCAAACACCAAAUCUGAAACAGUUGACUGUUGGUUUUGAGGUUUUUGCAAAUGUCGACUUUAAGCCUUCCGCCGGUUCUUACCUCUCCUAGAGACGAUGCUAUUCAGCUUUACCGUGCUUUCAAGGGGCUGGGAUGCGAUACUGCAGCAGUGGUCAAUAUUCUUGCCCAUCGAGAUGCAACUCAGCGUUCUUUAAUUCAACAUGAGUAUAGAGCAAUGUAUUCUGAAGACCUUCUCAAACGACUUGUUUCGGAGCUUCGUGGAAAAUUGGAGACGGCUGUCUUGCUAUGGAUGCAUGAUCCUGCAGGACGUGAUGCAAUAGUCAUUAGGCAGGCACUUUUACCAGAUUUGACAAAUCUUGAUGCUGCAACUGAAGUUAUUUGUUCUCGCACACCAUCACAGAUUCAAUUAAUUAAACAAAAUUACCAAGCGAAGUUUGGGGUUUUUCUUGAGCAAGAUAUUGAAAGACACACCUCAGGUGAUCACAAAAAGCUUUUGCUUGCAUAUGUAAGCACCUCCCGUUACGAAGGUCUUGAAGUUGAUAGGGAGAUGGCUAUGAAGGAUGCAAAGGCCCUCUAUAAAGCAGGGGAGAAGAGAUUGGGAACUGAUGAGAAAACCUUUAUCCGCAUAUUUAGUGAAAGAAGUAGGGCACAGCUAGCAGCUAUUAGCGCUGCUUAUCAUGACAUGUAUGGAGGUUCCUUGAAGAAGGCAGUGAAGAGCGAAACAUCUGGGAAGUUUGAGCGUGGUCUCUUGACUAUUUUACAAUGCUCAGAGAAUCCUGCAAAGUACUUUGCUAAGGCACUGCAUAAGGCAAUGAAAGGUCUGGGAACUGACGACACUACACUUAUUAGGAUAAUUGUGACACGAACCGAGAUCGAUAUGCAGUAUAUAAAAGCCGAGUACCUGAGGAAAUAUAAAAAGACCUUGAACGAUGCAGUUCACUCAGACACAUCGGGCCACUACAGGACUUUUCUUCUCUCUCUUUUGGGACCAAACAAUUAGAUAUCGUAAGUGUAGUUGUGUGUGUAAAUAUGUUAUAAUGAUGUUUCAGUGAAUCCAGUUCCUUUUCUAUCGGAUUGGUGUAUUCGUGGAAGAUUGGUAGAAUCGAAAGUGAUUGCAUAGCUGAUUAGGUGAACCAUGUUAAAGCUCUUUAAACUGCAGUUGUGUGAAUGUGAGAGAGAAUGCAUGUAGUUGGGAGGCUUUUCCCCUCUGGUCACAAUUAAUGUGCUAUUAACAUAAAUUAUGUUAAAUUUGAAAUAAAUAAAAAAUUUCUACUUGUUUUAUAUAAAA